UCUUAUCAAUUAUUAAACUUUGCGGCAUCAGUUUUUAGACUUCUUUCAUCUUUGAUUUCUCACUUGUGUCAAACUGUGAAACAUCAUUUGCGUCACAUUAGUCUACUGUUUUCAGAUAAUUAUUAUUUAUUCUUCAGUGUAUUUUGACUCUUCAAAAUGAAUGCUCCUCCAACAUUCGAAUCAUUUUUGCUAUAUGACGGAGAAAAAAAAAUAGUCAAAGAAGUUGAUACUAAAGUGACAAAUGCAGCGAUUUUCACAGUUAAUAAAGAAGAUCAUACUUUGGGAAAUAUGAUCAGGAACCAACUACUUAAAGAUCCUAAUGUUCUUUUUGCUGGAUAUAAACAACCACAUCCAUUGGAACACAAAUUUGAACUUCGCAUUCAAACAACGUCUGAUUAUACACCUCAAGAUGCUUUAACUAAUUCUAUUACUGAUCUCUUGGCUGAACUUUCUUUGUUUGAAGAACGUUUCAAGGAAGCUUUAAGAGAGAAAAAAGAAGGACUUGAUUAAUAUGAUUAAGGUAUUCACAUAGAGCAGAGGUUCCCAACCCGUGGUAUGCGAAGAAAUUUUUUUAUUACUAUUUGCAUUCAAUAUUAUUUAGUUUAGUUUAUUUGAUAUUAGCUAAUUUUAUAAAAUUAUUAUUUUAUCAAAAUAAAUUUAAUGUCGAUAACAUGGGGUUUGUAAUCGAAGCAAUUUAGAAUUUUAGAUAAUCUAUUCUUAUCGAUAAAGCGCAUUCUUACAGUUUUAAGUGUUUUAACGUUUGU